AUGAGGUUCCUCACAGUCCGCAUCGUCGCAAUCCGCGUCAUCACAGUUCACAUCAGAGCACACUGUCGAGGAGAUUUCGCAGUCAACGAAGCCAUCACAAACCGACGAGCAGUUGAGCGAACAGUCGUCGUUGUUGCAACAAUUUUCGUCUACCUUGCAGGCCAUGUCUCCGGUGUGGUGGACAUCAUCACAGUGCCAUUGAUCGGACGGCGGAAGCAUGGGAAAUUUUGCCGAGAUGUCAUCGAACGCAUCCCAAUGACAGUCGAGGCAGAAAUCGCCAGGCUCUUGGGACGACAUGGUGUCGGAGGAGAAAAAGAGCGCGGAGAGAAUCCUGCGCUUAGACACAGCCUCCCCAGGCAGGCACUCUGGCGAGGGGGCAUGGUGGUGAGAAGCAAAAGCAAAAGCAGGAGCGAGGAGCAAAAAGAGCGGGAGCCAAUCAGCUGCACGUCGCAUUCGAUGUCCGCCAAUCAGCGCCGGGCUCAAAGCGAGCAUCUCCAACAAACACCAUUGGCUCUUUGCGAAAUCAAGAGCUAUGCAGCCCUGAUUCUCUGUUUCACUAGAGAGAUUAUGAGGCUAAUCAGGACGGAUGUUGCUGUGUAUGCGUUGUUGGAAGGAAGGGGUGUCCUGAUGCUUAUCACGUGGCCCCCGCAGCUUCCCGGCCAAGCCAGCCUGCGUUUCUUGUGCUGUGCGCAUGCCAUUUUCUCUCCAUCCCCGCUCCUCGCUCCAUCGGGAGUGCCUUUGGCUUUCUUUUUGUCACAAAUAACUAGGAAGGAAAUGGGGAACAUCUGCUCCAAGUCGGCUAACCAGCCCGACGACUCGUUCUCGCAGCCAGGCCGUGUUCUCGGCUCGUCAACCGCAAGCCCACCUGCUCGCGCACCAGUGCCCAGCAAUGCUCCAUCACAAAGCCCUGGAAGGACACUGGGAGGUGUGCCGUCAUCGGGAGAUACCGGUGACGCCAGAAGUAAAGCCGCCGAGGCGGCUCAGAAGCGUGCCGAAACACUCAGUGCGUCCAGUAAAGGGAAACUAGGGAGUCAGCUAGCCGCGCAAAAGGCUCAAACGCAGUCGCAGACACUGAAUGAGGCCAGUCGCGCAGAACUGCUUGCCAGAAAUGCGGAUAAUGCUGCCGAGACAAGGCAAUGGAACUGA